UUAUUACAACAAAGAACCUCAUUUUCCUCUGCUUUUCCCACCUCAAAACAAAACCCUUUUCUCUCAUUUCUCAUUCAAUCUUUUAACCCCGCCAUCACUGUCUCAUAUCCAAUAUCUCCAUGUCCACCAUUGAUGGACUAAACAACAAAAGACUCUUUCUUUGUAUCAACACGUCCUCGUUUGCUUAGCAGAGCUUGGUUUAGUUUCACCCCAGAAGAAGAGAAGCCCGUUUUUCUGGUAACUGUCUGAAAUACUAAUGCUUUUGAGUAUGUUCAACAUCUGUUUGUGUGUUUUCUUCUGAAGAAACUUUGGAGAAAGUAAAGAAGAAAAAAAUCUGUUCUUUUUGUUGUGUUUUUUGGCUCACAUGCAUGGUUUUGGGACCUUGAUGUAAAGUUUAAGCAUUCCCCAUUACUGUUGAGACUCCUUUCACAUGCAUGUUGUCUCCUUAGAGUGGACUUUUUUCAUCACCGUCACCAUCACCAUCACCAUUACCAUUGCCAUCAAGCUCACUAGAACAAGAAGCACCGCCAUUUGUUCAAACCCCAUUUCUUAAUCUUCACCCCCCAGAGCUCAAAAAUGGAAAAAAUCACUCAUUUUUUCUUCUCAUUCUUGGUGGUGUUUUAUCUAAACAUGACCAGGAGUUUAGUCAACGGUUUGUCCCCUGAUGGAGAAGCUCUUCUCUCCCUUCUUUCUGCCGCUGACCCUUCUUCUAAAGAGUCCUCCUCUGUGUUGUCCUCAUGGAACCCAACAAGCCAAACGCCUUGUUCAUGGCAGGGAAUCACUUGUUCUCCACAGAACAGAGUCAUCUCUCUCUCUUUGCCGAAUGUUUUCCUUAAUCUUUCAUCUCUCCCACCUCAGCUAUCUUCUCUCUCUUCUCUCCAGCUUCUCAACCUCUCAUCCACUAAUGUCUCCGGUACUAUUCCACCUGCCUUUGGUCAACUCACUCAUCUUCGGCUCCUUGACCUCUCAUCCAACUCUCUCUCCGGUUCCAUUCCUCCAGAGCUUGGAGCACUCUCUUCUCUCCAAUUCCUUUUCUUGAACUCUAACAGGUUGUCUGGUAAAAUACCUCAACAGCUUGCUAACCUUACUUCUCUCCAAAUUCUAUGCAUCCAAGAUAAUGUUAUAAAUGGUUCCAUACCAUCACAACUGGGUUCUUUGGUUUCUCUUCAACAGUUUCGGAUUGGUGGCAAUCCUUAUCUAACAGGAGAGAUUCCACCACAGUUAGGACUCCUUACUAACCUCACUACAUUUGGUGCUGCUGCCACUGGACUUUCUGGUGUGAUACCGCCUACAUUUGGGAACUUGAUCAAUCUCCAAACUUUGGCUCUUUAUGAUACCGAGAUAUUUGGUUCAGUGCCACCUGAACUUGGGCUGUGUUCUGAGCUUAGGAAUCUGUAUCUGCACAUGAACAAGCUCACUGGUUCAAUCCCUCCUCAACUGGGUAAGUUGCAAAAGCUGACUAGCUUGCUUCUUUGGGGCAAUGCCUUAUCCGGAGGAAUCCCAGCUGAGCUUUCCAACUGUUCCUCACUUGUUAUUCUGGAUAUCUCUGCUAAUGAUCUUUCUGGAGAAAUUCCUGGUGAAUUGGGGAAGCUACUCGUUCUGGAACAGCUUCAUCUUUCAGACAAUUCUCUCACUGGAAGAAUUCCAUGGCAGCUGAGCAACUGUUCUAGCCUCACUACUCUUCAACUUGAUAAGAAUCAAUUAUCAGGUACGAUUCCAUCGCAGGUUGGUGAGCUAAAAUUACUGCAAAGUUUCUUCAUGUGGGGUAAUUCAAUAUCUGGAACUAUACCACCCUCCUUUGGAAACUGCACUGAACUCUAUGCACUCGAUCUUUCAAGGAACAAGCUUACUGGGUCAAUCCCAGAAGAGAUUUUCAGCUUGAAGAAGCUGAGCAAGCUUCUACUUCUGGGAAAUUCUUUAACAGGAGGUUUACCUAAAAGUGUUGCAAAUUGUCAAUCUCUAGUCAGAUUAAGGCUUGGAGAAAACCAGCUUGCUGGCCAAAUUCCUAAGGAGAUCGGUCAAUUGCAGAAUCUUGUUUUCCUUGAUUUGUACAUGAAUCAUUUCUCUGGAGGCCUUCCUUCUGAGCUUGCCAACAUCACUGUUCUUGAACUAUUAGACGUGCACAAUAACUACAUAAGUGAAGAAAUUCCAUCCGAGCUUGGUGAGCUUGUCAAUUUGGAGCAGCUUGAUCUCAGCAAAAACAGCUUCACUGGUAACAUUCCUGGGAGCUUUGGGAACUUCAGCUACUUGAACAAGCUGAUUCUGAACAACAAUUUACUCACAGGUUCAAUACCGAAAUCCAUUCGCAACUUGCAGAAACUGACUCUCCUUGAUUUGAGCUACAAUAGCCUCUCUGGUCCAAUUCCACCUGAACUCGGUUAUGUGACAAGCUUGACAAUCAGUUUGGACUUGAGUUCAAAUGGGUUUACAGGAGAGAUCCCUGAGAAAAUAGCCAGUCUGACUCAGUUACAAUCCCUUGAUCUUUCCCAUAAUAUGCUUAAUGGGAAAAUUGAGGUACUGGGUUCUCUAACUAGUUUGACUUCUCUUAAUAUCUCCUACAACAAUUUUUCAGGUCCUAUCCCAGUUACACCAUUCUUCAGAACUAUAUCUGCCAAUUCAUAUCUUCAAAACUCUCGCCUUUGUGAGUCUACUGAUGGGAUUACCUGCUCUUCAAGUAUGAUGCGUAGAACUGGAUUGAAAUCUGCCAAAACUAUCGCUAUAAUUUCAGUGAUUUUGGCUUCGGUAACCAUAGCAGUUCUGGCUUCAUGGGUUCUGGUUACCAGGAACAGGUAUAUGGUAGAGAAAUCUUCAGGACCCUAUGCAUCUUCAUCAGGAGCUGAAGAUUUCUCUUAUCCAUGGACUUUCAUCCCAUUUCAAAAGCUCAACUUCACCAUUGAUAGCAUCCUGGAUUGCCUGAAGGAAGAAAACAUAAUUGGAAAAGGUUGUUCUGGAGUAGUCUACAGAGCGGAUAUGCCUAGUGGUGAGUUAAUUGCAGUUAAGAAGCUGUGGAAGACAAAGCAAGAGGAAGAACCAAUAGAUUCUUUCGCAGCUGAAAUUCAAAUUCUUGGACACAUUCGACACCGCAACAUUGUGAAGCUUGUAGGCUAUUGUUCGAAUAGAAGCGUCAAGCUUCUUCUCUACAACUACAUCUCAAAUGGUAACCUGCAACAGCUACUGCAAGAGAACAGGAAUCUGGAUUGGGAAACUAGGUACAAGAUUGCUGUUGGAUCGGCUCAAGGUCUAUCCUAUCUUCACCAUGAUUGUGUCCCUGCAAUUCUUCACAGAGAUGUUAAGUGCAAUAACAUACUACUGGAUUCAAAGUUUGAAGCAUAUUUGGCAGAUUUUGGUCUUGCAAAACUGAUGAAUUCACCUACAUACCACCAUGCCAUGUCCAGAGUAGCUGGCUCUUAUGGCUACAUUGCUCCAGAGUAUGGAUAUACAAUGAACAUAACAGAGAAGAGUGAUGUCUACAGCUAUGGAGUGGUGUUGUUAGAGAUACUAAGUGGGAGAAGUGCUGUUGAGUCUCAGUUAGGAGACGGGCUCCACAUCGUUGAAUGGGUGAAAAAGAAAAUGGGAAGCUUUGAACCAGCUGUGUCAAUUCUAGAAACAAAGCUCCAAGGUCUGCCAGAUCAAAUGGUGCAAGAGAUGCUUCAGACACUAGGAAUUGCUAUGUUUUGUGUCAACUCUUCUCCAACAGAAAGACCAACUAUGAAGGAAGUGGUGGCAUUGUUAAUGGAAGUUAAGAGCCCACCUGAAGAAUGGGGAAAGACUUCCCAACCACUAAUAAAGCAGUCCUCAAAUCAAAGUUGAUUUCUUUUUUUUUUCUUUUCUUUCCCAAGGCAUCAGUGAUUGAGUUACUGUCCCAAUAUAAAACAAAAUACUGUCAAUUCUGGGAUAUGGGUAUUGAUAUUUGUGGAGUUUAGCUGAUGGUCUUUGGUUAUUGUACAGUUUUGAAGUAUUAGUGCAGUUGAUUUUCCUCUCUUUUUUACCA